AUGGAGAUCAACGUAAACGGCCAGACCAAAAAGAGUAGUAGGAACAGUCACCCUUGCGACUUUUGCCGUUAUAAGCGCGCCGCUUGCUUGGUGCACGAGGACACACCGCCAUGUGAAUUAUGCCGACGAUUAGGCAAAGAGUGCACCUUUGUUGGGGGCCCAAACAAGAGGAGACGGCUAUCUGAGCGGCGGCAAAGCGGCUCCAGUGAUGGAGUCAGGAGCCCUCCUCGACAGGACAUCGAUCGAGCUGCCUCUGGGGCAGAUGGUAGGUUCCCGUCUGCGGAACUUUCGCCCAUUGUCGAUUCGAUCUUCGUGAGAGGACAGACGGAGUCUGUGAGCCCGGUAUCACCACCCACGACGUCUUCACCAGAUGUUCCACGCCGAGAGAACGUGUUCAUUCCUUCAUCGCUAGAUGCAGAGCCCGGUCACAAUGCUCAGGUGAUUGGUCUCAGUGGUGAAUCGGAUCCGUAUCUGCUCAAUUUGUAUCACUUCGAUGAGAGAGACGAGUGUACGUUCCAGCAACUGCGCAUCAGGAAUAUGGGCCCUGAUGAUGGGGUUCCUAUUCAGUUCAUGUUGCAGCGAAACUCGCAAGCGAGUAAAGCUCAACCUGGUGGCCUUGGAGCUACUGAGACCGACCUCAGAUGCGAGGUCUCGAACAUGGUUUCUGAGACUGUUGGUCAACGACUGAUCACACUGUUCUGGAAAUACGUCCAGCCAUACUUUCCAGUCGUAUCUAAAGAAUACACAAUUCAAAACCUCAACGGCAGCCCCUCAUCAAUGCCAACUUGUCUCCUCGCCGCAAUCUACGGCCACGCCCUCCCCUUCUGCGUCUUCGACGACAUCCUCUGCGUAGAUGUAGACACUCUCCCCUCGGCAGACCACCUCUUCAAACUCGCCUGGAUGGCCGCCCUCUCCGAGUUCCACACCCCAUCCCUCGCCACCGUACAAACGAUGCUCCUCAUGAUCCAGCGGCGGCCAACGAACAAGCAUGUCGCCGACACACCGUUCAAGUGGACCAUGCUUGCUGACACCGUGGCGCUUGCGCAGUGCCUAGGGCUCAAUCUGGACCCGUCCGACUGGGCGAUUCCAAGCUGGGAGAAGAGGUUGCGGAGGCGGCUUGCUUGGGCAGCUUAUGUGCAGGACAGGUGGUUGAGUCUCAACUUUGGGAGGAGCUCGCAUAUUCAGGAGUGCGAUUGGGAUGUGUCACCUUUGGGCCCGGAUGACUUUGGUGAUGUUCCUGGCUGUGAGGAUGAAGGGCCUUUGGUGUGCAGGCACUUUCUGCACUUGACGUCACUGACCGAGAUCGUGUCUAAGAUUCAGCAGAACAUGUUUUCCAUCAAAGCCACUAGAGCUCUCUCCAAGUCCCUCGAGGCAACAUUCGAAGUUGCCCGGCCUUUGAGAAUCGAGCUUGCAGAGUGGCUGCAAAACCGACCCGACGUGGGAGAACAACCCUCGGCAUCCUUGCCAGAGUGCGGUCUAGACGGCAACGGUAGUCUGAAGCUCGCUUACAUCACUGCCAAGAUUGCUGUGUUCAAGGCACUACUCCGAACUAAAAGCAUCGAAGUUCCAACUGAAGCCCGCACGGCGUUGCGCACUGGCGCCAUGACUAUUGCGCGAGAGAUGCAUGACUUUCUCGCGAAACUAGAGGCUCACCAUCUCGAGGCUUUCUGGCAUUCAUAUUCCCGCGUCAACUUCGCCAUUGCGAGCAACUUUAUUGUCUUGCUUUUCGCGCUCUCUCCGACACCAUCGGAAGCUGAAGACGCACUUGCCCUUUUGAUUCAAUGGAGGGGCUUAUUGCGGAUCAAGUCGAGAAGCUGCGACUUAUUGAACUUGAGUCUGUUGAGACUUGACGCCGUCUUCGUGGCUGGGCUUGGCAAACUCAUCGGAUUGACACCCGCAGCAGCCGAGGCAGCUUCGAAUCGGGGCUUGUAG